AUGCUGUUUUUUUCGGCUGCUCUGGUUACGGUAGCCGUCGUUGCAGCCUAUGAUAUUGACUGCAAGUGGAAGAGCAAUAUUUCAGACAUUGAAGACGUCGCGCAUCACAAAUAUCAGGUUCUUGAAGAAUGUCUGUUCUACAAGUUGACCAGCGAAGCGGAUCGUAUGCAAGACAAGAGCAACGCUCUGAUGAUGCUUCCACCAACCGUUGCAGCCGGUGAAACAUUGGAAGUUCAGGUUUUGGAUGGUUCCAUUACUGAGAUGUGGAUGAAUGAGGUGUUCAAGGAGAUGAACAUCAAUGGAUUUUUGAAAUUGUCCUGGAAAGAUCGUCGACUCCGAUGGAAUCCCGAAGAAUGGAAAACCGAAAAUCUUCGCUUGAAGUCGAUGGGAAGACUAUGGUCUCCAGAUAUCAAUUCGGAUAAACUCCAAACUGGCGCACAAUCCACGGAUUUCGUCAACUACCAUGACAUUCAGUCGAACUACAAUGGAAAUGUCACAGCAAGACUGGAAUUCAGAAUGAAGGCGCAGUGUUCCAUUGACUAUACUGAGUAUCCAAAUGACCGCAAACACUGUUGCUUCAAUCUCCAAUCGACUCUCUACAAGCGCUAUGUGAAAUUCAUCAUGGAGCACGGCGACGGACACGAGAUGCUCGACACCAAGAACAUCAGAACCAACUGGCAUGUAGACCCAACGUGGACAUGGAUUAUGAAGCUUAAUCAGGAUAAUGAUAAUAGGUACCCCGAACGCCUUGAAGUUUGUGUUGGUGUCGUCCGCAAAUCCUCAACUCUAGCUGUUGAACUAACUCUCCCAGUCUUGAUUUCCGCUUUAAUUUUGUUGUUGGCCCCGUUUUUCGGAAAAUUCCAUCAACAAAUUUAUGUGAAAAUGUUCGCGCUUCUUUUGCAAUUCAUGAGUUUCCAGUUUUUGUCCGAGAAGACUCCACAACUCGGAUUUGGUGAUAAUAUUCCAAAGAUUUACAUCUUCUACGCCUUCACAGUCGGAAUGACCGUUCUCAGUCUCAUCGCCACCGUAAUGAUCUCCGCAAUGAGUCGUGUGAAGAGAAAGGUCCCUCCAGCACAUCGUUACACUCUUCUAGCCUCUCUUCUGAAUGCCAAUCUGUGCUGUGGAUCCGAAGAAGAGCCAACCACCGACGGAACUUCGUCCAAGGACGCCACUUCGGACUGGCUUCAAAUCCAUUCGGCACUCAAUAAUCUUUCCUCGAUUCUCCUGAUUUUCAUCUACAUCAUCGGUGCUAUUGUCAUUGCUUUCUAA